AUGCAGAUAUCAAGUGUGAAUGAUGUGAAAAUUUAUAAUCUCAGCCAUGGAAAGUCUCUCCCAGAGUGGCUGUCAGACCGUAAGAAGCGACAACUACAAAAGAAAGAUGUUGACAUCCAGCGUAGGAUUGAGCUCAUCCAGGACUUUGAGAUGCCCACAGUAUGCACAUCCAUAAAGGUUUCAAGAGAUGGCCAGUUCAUCCUGGCAGCAGGGACUUAUAAGCCCAGGAUUCGUUGUUAUGACACCUACCAACUUUCAUUGAAGUUUGAACGCUGCUUGGACUCUGACGUUGUGACAUUUGACAUACUGUCUGAUGACUACUCAAAGCUUGUGUUUCUGCAUUCUGACCGUUAUGUGGAGUUUCAUUCCCAGCACGGCCAUUACUACAAAACACGAAUUCCAAAAUUUGGACGGGAUUUCUCUUACCAUUACCCCUCAUGUGACCUUUAUUUCGUGGGAUCUAGUUCAGAGAUUUAUAGACUGAAUCUUGAACAAGGUCGAUUCCUCAACUCACUUGAGACAGAUGCUGUGGAGCACAAUGUGUGCGACAUCAACCCAGUCCAUCAUUUGUUUGCCAGUGGAACCUCUGAGGGAAAGGUGGAAUGCUGGGACCCCCGUGUGCGCAAGCGAGUGGGCCUUCUCGACUGUGCUCUCAGCAGCCUCACAGAAGGAAUAGAAGUUCAGAGUUUGCCCUCGAUUAGUGCACUGAACUUUAAUGGUUCCCUCAUCAUGGCAGUAGGCACCAGCACUGGACAGGUGCUGUUAUAUGACCUGCGCUCAAGCCAGCCGCUGCUGGUGAAGGACCACUUCUACAACUUACCUAUCAAGUCCCUCAACUUCCAUGAUCAAAUGAAUCUGGUUGUGUCGGCAGACCCGAAAAUCAUUAAAAUUUGGAACAAAGACAAUGGUAAAGUGUUCUCCUCCAUUCAGCCCGAGAGCAACAUUAAUGAUGUUUGCAUGUACCCCGAUUCAGGUAUGCUUUUCACAGCAAAUGAAGAUCCAAAGAUGAACACAUUCUAUAUUCCAGCUCUGGGCCCAGCACCUCGUUGGUGCUCUUUCCUUGACAACCUGACAGAAGAGCUAGAAGAGAGCCCUGAGAGCACUGUGUAUGACGAUUACAAGUUUGUCACUCGCAAAGAUCUGGAAAAUUUGGGUUUGUCUCAUCUGGUGGGGUCGUCCCUCUUGAGGGCGUACAUGCAUGGCUAUUUCAUGGACAUCAGGCUAUAUCAUAAGGUCAAAAGCAUGGCGAAUCCUUUUGCAUACGAGGAGUAUCGCAAGGAUAAGAUCCGGCAGAAGAUUGAGGAGACACGGACACAGCGAGUCCAGGUUAAGGCAUUGCCUAAAGUCAACAAGGAACUGGCUCUCAAGCUGAUGGAGGAGGGUGACGAUGAAGUGGUGUUGUCUUCCAGGAAAAAGAAGGGCAAGGCUCUACCCACUAUUUUGGGCGAUGACCGGUUCAAGGUGAUGUUUGAAAACCCUGACUAUCAAGUGGACGAGCAGAGCGAGGAAUUCCGUCUGCUAAACCCCAUCGUCUCCAAAGUGAGCCAGAAGAGGAAGAAAAAGCUGCGGCAGCUAGCCCAAUCUGCCGCUUCUCAGGAAGCUCAGGAAAAAGAUGAGGAUGAGGAAGAGGAGGGCCGUGCCAGCUCUGAGGAGGAAAGCUCAGAUGAUGAUAAGAGCUGGGUGGAGGAGGUGAGGGAGCAGCGGAGAUUGCUCAAGCAGGAGGACCGAGAUCGCCGGCGUCAACAGAGGAAGGAUGCCGACCGCAACACUGUCCUGCUGGAGAACAACCAUGUUGAAGGGCAUAAAAACGCCGUCACGUCUGAGAACAAGACGAGCCAGCCUCAGUUCUAUCAGAUUAAAAGCGGGGAAGAGUUCCGCAGUUUUAAUGACGUGUCACGAAAGCAGAAACUUCAGAAAGCAUCUCUGGAGGAGCGUCUGAAGUUAGAGGAAUACUCUGGAAUCAGCAACAUGGCUGACACCACAGUGGGCAGCAAGCAGCUGACUUUUACACUUAAAAAGUCCGAGCAGCAAAGGAAGCAACAGCAGGCAGAGCGGGACCACCAUGAGGAGAGGAAGAAACUAAGGCGCUCGGCCGGACACCUAAGCAGCGCCCGUGGGAGGGGGUGGGGAAGAGGACGCGGAAGAGGGCUGCACUGA